UGAUAGCAUGAGAAGGAGUAAAGUAAAAUGAAAGAAGAAUAAUAAUAGUAAUCUAAAAAAAACCUCAGGUCUUCUGUUAAAAAAAAAUAAAUAAAAAAAGUCAGAGUGGGACAUCUCGCGUUAUUCCUAUCCCAGCACCACGCCUCCAUCGCACAUGCGCAGAACGCCUGACAGUCACUAUUAUAAACAUUGAAGUUUAAACACGUUUUUUGUGUCAUUUUACUAUAUGGACGCAAAUACGUAAAGUGUUGUCUGCGCUGCAGCUGUGUAGUUUCUAUGGGUAGUUUGUGAUGAGCACUAUUAACGGGUGACCUCUGCUUGUGUAACUCUCUAACUCAGACGCUUGUGUAACAUGAAUGUUGGCUAGUUGCUAACGCACACGGAGUCAGGAACCUGCUGCUCUUGUAGCUCUGUGGAGAGUUAGUCUUCUGUGAAAGCGGCGAGUUAACAGCUGCAGUUGACCUCCAGAUGUUUUCUAAAGUGAGACUAUGCUUCGCCGCGGGUUUGACCAAAUUGCCCGGUUGUGUCAACCUGAGACCGGCGAGAAGACCGACCCGCGCCCUCCUCUGUAACCACCAGACCCGGACCUUCAGCUCCGAGUCUGCCGGUGUCCGGGUUCUGUACGAUGGGCUCUGUCCUAUAUGUGUGACAGAGAUCCGGUUCCUCCAGUUUCUGCAGAGAAAGCAGCCUGGCAACGUAAAUUUUAUCGACAUCUCCCUGCCUGGCUAUGAUGGAGGGAAACACAAGGAUGUCUCCUAUGAGAUGGCCAUGGAGGAAAUGCAUGUGAUUGACGAGAACGACAAGGUUCACCGUGGGGUCCCAGCGUUCGCUGUCAUGUAUGGCGCUGUGGGGCUGGGCUGGUUGGGUCGCUUUAUGAUGUGGUCGCCUGUGAGGCCAUUUAUGGACAAAUCUUAUGCCAUCUUUGCCAGGAAUCGCCUGAAGUGGACCGGACGUGGGGACGAGUGCACAACAGGACACUGUGAAAAGAAAAAUAAUUGACUCUUGAGGGCAGUUUAAAACUUACAUAGCUCAAGAAGUGCUCCAAAAAUAAAGCACGGUGAAUCCACUUGUCCAUUGUGAAGCUCACAUGAAAAGCUUUAUUUAUGCUGCUAAAUGGAAAAAAUGUUAAUUUAGUUGAUUGAUUGAUGGAGAGAUAUGUGAUGCAUGGAUCAAGAAAAUACCUCUGCAACUAGCGAUUUGAAACCGAAAGAUCCAUCAGUCUGCUGAAGAAGAGCUGGAAAUUAACAGUUGAGUCUUAUAUUAUGUUCACCUCACAUUCAAUAUUUAAACAAAACCAAAUAAAAAAGUGCUAAAUAUUACAAAAAAAAAAAGUCAUUUCCGAGAAUUCGGGUUUGUAUUCUCAUCCCCAGGUUCGCCCGGUGUUUCCUCUCACAAAAAUGACAAAACAGUCCGACAAAAGAAAUCCCAGCUACAGAAAAGGAUCAGAAAUGUGGCAGUGCAGAGAAAGAACCUUCCUGUGAAGGACAGAGUAAUUGUGUAUCCUAUAAAGGCCUGUCAUACUUUGGUAAAUGUACAGUACUGAGAUAAGUCUGAGAACCGCUGGAGCAAAAUACAGUUAAUUUCCUGUCAUUCACAGUGUCUUAGAUGGAGGUUCAUUCAAAAGCAGAUAAAGAACCAAGCUGCCAAGAAGCCGCCACUAGAUGUCAUUGUAAGUCUGAAAUAAUAUCAGCUGCGAGCGAAGGGCUUCCUAAGGAGUGGAGUUUUAAUGACAGCUGUGAUGGAUCAGGUCAUUCAAAGUUCUUUAUAAUGUCAGAACAAUAAAGUCCCCUGAUGCUUGUUGGUUCAAA